AUGGUCAUCAUCAUCUCCAGCUCAAGAUCCAGCGCCCAGAAACAAGGAGCCACAGAGGAGGGCAGCGAGGGACCCCGAGGGGUCCCCCGCUGUGGGAUCCCGCCGACUCGGCGGCUGGCGGGAGACGAGGGCGAAGCCGCCCAAGGCGCCUACCUGUGCGGCGGUGCGCUCAGAACCCGGGGCCCCGCCGGGGCGCGCAGGUGCUGCUCGGGGGCAUCCUGGGGCCGGCCUGGGCGCGCGGGGCAUCCAUCGUGCGGGGCUAGCCGCGCUCUCCCCGCCGCCGGGGGCCGGGGCUGGCUCCCUUGGGCUGGACUCCCGCCUCUUCUCCACCCGGCAGAGGACAGAGCGGGUCCCACGGCGACGACAGCAACAGGCACCGAGGCGCGGACCGCGGCGGCGGCAGACGAAGAGGAGGAGGAGGCGGUGGAGGAGGAGGUGUCUGCGCGCGCGGCUCGCGUUUCCUCCUCCCGGCUGGGCGAGCGCGGGGGAGGCGAGGGGCGGGCAGCAGCCGGGAUCUCCCUGCCCCGUCCCCCGGGAGCCGAGAGGGGGCCACGGUGCCCCCCUUCCCCGCCGCGCCGUGUGACUGCCCCGGCGCCACGGCCCGGCCCCGCGAGUCCCAGGCGGGCAGCAGCUGCUGCAGUGCGGGUCCACCGCGGCCUUUGGCGGCCCUGGCUCCCGCCCGGGUGCUCCAUAUUCGGCCCUCCUCUGGGGGUCCUGCCGGAGUCGGCGGGAGCGGACCGGGUGCGGGGGCCGCCGUCCCAUCCAGCCCUGGCGCAGGGUCCUAGCCCAGCGACCUCCAGAGCAGCCGGGCCCGCGCGUGAUCAGGGCCCUCGCGGCGGGAUGCGCGGUCGCACACGCUGUCCCCGGCGGCCUAUUUAUAGCUGGUGGCACUGCCCGAAGCUCGCUCGGCCUGGGAGGCCCUCAGCAGGUGGUACUGCCAGCCUGCUCUCCGCGCUCCCGCAGGAACCUCGCCUCAGCUGCACCCUCGCCUUCUGCCUCCGACAGCGACACGGUGGGAACUGCCCACCUGGCUGUCCCCGCGUCACCUCCCUCCUGUCUAGGGGGCGAAACUGUGCACGGUCGUGCGAGGCGCUGGCGCACGCUCGGCAGGAAAAUCAGAGCCUGAGGCUCUUACCUGGAAAACUGAAGGGAUGCACAGUGUGGAGGUUCACUGUGGGGAUGAGAGAGAUGUGCGCCGCGGAUGUGACGGGCCACAAGGAGAGGCCCAGCUACAGCCGCUGCGGCUCAGGAGGCUUCUGGAAUUGCUACGCGCAGCAAAGAUGAUUGAAUCCAUUGGACCCACGAGGAAACAGCAGUUAGUGCAUGUUGGAAGCUGCAGGACUACUCAGUCCUUAGAGGUCUGAGAUCCAAAACCCUGCACAACACUCCCCCCGCCUCCAUCUCCGGCCCCUGCCUUGCUGCCUUGUAGGCCUUAACCCAUUCUUUGUUACAGCACAGCUAUGUGUUUCACCCAAAAUCUUUGUAAUAAAGGAGUGAGGAAUGUGUUCACAUUCCCCCACGUGGCCUGGGUUAUGGAACUUAUUUUCCUCCUGAUGACAAGCCUGGGUAAACCAGUUAAGCUGUGGUGCACCUCCA